AUGCUGUGUCAUAGUGAUUUAAUUUUAGAUUUCUUGUUUUGCAGUAACAUAUUUUCUUCCCCCUUAAGAUAUCCUCUGACAAAUUACACGUUUGGUACGAAGGAACCCCUCUAUGAGAAGGACAGUUCCGUGGCAGCUCGGUUUCAGCGCAUGAGGGAAGAGUUUGACAAGAUUGGCAUGAGGCGGACAGUGGAAGGGGUGCUGAUUGUACACGAGCACAGGCUGCCCCACGUGCUCUUACUGCAGCUGGGUACAACUUUUUUCAAGCUACCCGGGGGUGAACUCAAUCCAGGAGAAGAUGAAGUAGAAGGGCUCAAACGCUUAAUGACAGAGAUACUGGGUCGUCAGGAUGGUGUUCAGCAAGACUGGGUGAUCGAUGACUGCAUUGGUAACUGGUGGAGACCGAACUUUGAACCUCCACAGUAUCCCUAUAUCCCAGCUCACAUUACAAAACCAAAAGAGCACAAAAAGCUUUUCUUGGUCCAGCUUCAAGAAAAGGCCUUGUUUGCAGUCCCAAAAAAUUACAAGCUCGUUGCCGCACCGUUGUUUGAGCUCUAUGACAAUGCACCAGGAUAUGGACCCAUUAUUUCCAGCCUUCCUCAACUUUUGAGCAGGUUCAACUUUAUUUACAACUGAAUUCCUGUAUACCUGAAGAGUCUGAUAGAAGAAGCCGUCUCUGUGAGCACAGCUUUAAAAUGUAGAGAAACGAAUAAGUGUGACACAAGGAUUUUUUUUUUUUUUAAGUCAUUCUUUUCCUGAAGGCCACUAAACUUUCUAUUGUAUGAAUAGAGAAGUGAAUCUCAACUGUUUAGGUAGUGGUAUGGCAGUGUGAUACCAGUGUUUUAAUCAAUUUUCAUUGUAAUACUCACCAAAUUUUUUUUGUACAACAUUAAACAAAAUGGUUAAGAUUC